UUUCCCUCCAAUUGUGAAUGAAUGGUGGAUAAGGCUUGACCAACCAACAUCAGAUAAAGACCACACACACAUUCUCAAACCCAAAUUUCAGCCAGAAAAAGAAGCAAGCAAACAGAAAUCUUUCAACAAUGGCUACACUUUCAUCAUCUUUCCUACAACAACCAAACCUACUAUCUCCCCACUUGUCUAAACCCAACCAUAUUUCCAAGAAAAGGGCAGUCUCCUUCAAGAUUCAAGCUGCCAAACUCCCUGCUGGGGUGGAACUACCAAAAGCACAACCAAAGUUUCAAUCUCCAUUUCUUGGUUUCACAAAAACUGCUGAAAUUUGGAACUCUAGAGCUUGCAUGAUGGGUCUCAUUGGCACGUUUAUCGUCGAACUGAUACUGAACAAAGGCGUACUUGAAAUGAUUGGAGUAGAGAUUGGAAAAGGCCUUGAUAUCCCCCUUUGAGAAAAUAUGUAUAUUUGUUAAAAUUUCCAACUAUUUCCUGUGAUUAGCUUUAUUAGAUCAAGAGUCUGUAACAGUUUAUGUAUGUUAUUCAUAACUGUUAUUUGGAGUGGCAUCGCCGAAAUUCCUUGAAUGUUUUGUAGUAAGCAACAUUAUCAACUCCACUUAUUCCAACUUGGUUUGUAAUGAAUAAUGAUAUCAGUACACUUUUAUGUC